AUGAGCAAAAAGAAUCUGAAAGACAGGCCAAACAAGGCUUUGAGUCAGAUUCAAAGGGGAGAGCCGUCCAAGAAAGUUAGUGAUUAUGCACGGGACUGCGAAUCGGAAGCCACUCAGGAUCAAAUAAUCGAAAGUCCCGAAAGUGAGUUCGAAGACAUUUCGUAUGGCAGCCCAACCAAUUCUCAGAACAGAUGCAAACCUUCUUCGGCUACUGUUGCCAUGGAUCCUCGGCAGAGAGUGAUCUACAAUGCCAUUGUAAACACUUUGCGGAAAGAUCUUCAACCGCAGUUGAAUCAACUGGCAAAUGAUUCCGCCAAAUACCAUACUCUAAAAUCAAUAUAUCAUCUUCCAAGCAUCACUGACUUAAAAAAAGAGCUUUCAAAAGGCUUAGAGGCUAGGUCUAAAGUGGAUCUCGAAUUUGACGAAACCAGGCUCAUGAGGAUGAUCAGCAACGAAUCCCUUAAACAACGGGGACAGCCACCCGUUAAGCGACUCAAACAGAGAAAGCAUCCCCAUUUUCCCGAAGUUCAAGAACAGAUAAGGACCAACUUCAACUCUAAUAGAGCCCUCGAUCCAAUUGAGGAAGUUCUAGAAAUGAAUACCAAAACGGACAAUCUUUAUAAGGAAUUCAUUUCGUAUCGGAAAGGUUACCAUCGCUCCAAAGACUCUAGAACUCUAACUGAAAUUGAAACUGAAGAGUUGAAGUCCAUUGCAUAUAGAAUAGAAGCUGAGAAGUUCCCUGACCUGGGUAGAAUUGGAAAAAUCGCUCAGAAGUUUGAUCUCCAUCAGGGAGAGCCUCAGUUACGAUAUUUUUCGAAUAAGGAACUAACAGUUGAGAUAACUACUAAGCUUAAAGAGCGCCGGUUAAAGUAG